AUGACGAGAUACACCAACUUUGCACGAAAGCGCACCUACGUGGAGGCAGGCUUCGACGAAGGACUCGAUAUGGACAACGAGCCAGAGAACACACACACCCUCACCAAGGCCACUGAGGACGCUCCAGAAGAUAACUCUGCGAUCACGGAGCCCAAGAAACGUAAGCGUGUACGACCCAAAAAGGCGCAAACGGAGGCCGCAGAUGGGGAAAGCUCCGUUGAUGUCGAUGGACAUGCCAAGGGGGGUGCGCAAGGGGAGGGAGCGCGACCGUCAAAACACUCGAAAACUGGCGACAAGCGGAAGAAAGAGAAGAAGUUUGACAAACGCGGACCGAAAGAGCAGCGGAGAUUGAAGCGCAUAGACGAGCGAGAUGCGGAUACCAUCUGUUUUGCGUGUCGAGAGAAGGGUCACUCUGCCAGAAACUGUACAAACAAGUUGGCCGCCGACGCACCAGACGGGGAGAGGACAAGAUCUGGGACCAAGGCCGGACGUGAUGCGGUUGGUAUAUGCUACAGAUGCGGCUCACGCAGACACAACUUGUCGAAAUGCCCAGAGGACGUCAAUCCAUCCAAUCCACUUCCAUUCGCGUCAUGUUUCGUAUGUUCUGGCAAGGGGCACCUUGCUUCGAAAUGUCCGAAGAACCAGACGAAAGGAAUCUACCCGAAUGGAGGAUGCUGCAAGCUCUGCAAGGAGACCACGCAUCUAGCUAAAGAUUGCCCUCUGCGGAAGCAAGAGGUCGCCACUGCGACUUUGUUCGUGGGGACUGGUCAGGCCGCUGGGGCAGAUGAAGACGACUUCCACACAUUCAAGCGAUCGACAGUCGAGGUCGAUAAGACAGAACGGGCAGAGGAAAAGGCGAAGAAGAAAGCUAGCGUCAUGGUCGGGGCACACACGGGGGUCGUCAAGGCGUUUGGCAGAGGGCCCGUGGAUAAAAAGAAGGUCGUGUUCUUCUAG